AUGGAAGAUCAGUGUAGUCCUUUCAGCUGGGAUUUUUGCUAUCAGGAAGAGGGAAUAGAAGAUCAGUUACGGCAUUCUCUUCUGUACACAACCUUGGAGCUUGAGACAACAAUUGCAUCAGCAAAGGAGAAGAUUUCGAAGAGAGAUGAAGAAGUUGUUCAUCUCAAAGAUCUCCUAACCAGAGUCAUCAAAGAGAGAGAUGAGGCCAAAGCCAAAUGCCGGAGACUAGUGUUGGAGAAGCUCAUGCUCCAACAGCAACUGCAAAAACAACAAGAACAAGAACUUGUGUUUGUUCCUCAAACUCAUGAGGUUGAGUCAAAAGGCAGUGACUCUAGCAAGCACUACUUUGCUGCAGCUUCUUCCGACUCCGAUGAGAACAUUUCAUCUCCAAAUGCUGCAGACCCAGUUAUGUCACAAGAUGUGUUAACACAACUAUUAGGUGAUCAGAAGGCAUUGCCAGAGAAAGGGAAGCUAUUACAAGCAGUAAUUGAUGCAGGACCUCUCCUCCAAACUCUUCUGCUGGCUGGACCUCUGCCUCAGUGGCAGCACCCACCUCCCCAGCUCAAGUCAAUUGAGAUUCCCCCAGUCACUAUUUCUCCUCCAACACCACAUCUUCUGCAACCCCAGGACUCUUGCAUUAGUACUAGUAGCAACACUGCUUGUUUCGGUAACAAAAGAAGCCUGGUGCAUAGUGAUGGUUCUGGUUCUGGUUCUGAUUCUUCACCCAAGACCAAGUAUCAAAAGGUUGUUCACUAUUGA